GGUCAGACACUGCCUGGCCCGAUCCACUCUACCAUACCCAAACCAACAUCAUCGUCAUCUUCGUCUCGUGCCCUCAGCUUGUCCCUAUUCCCCCCAUCCCUUGCUCAUCCUCACGACGCCUCUUCAGCCUGGCCUAGCCACUGCCUAGAGCCGUGAGGCGCUUGCCUUGCCCUGCCCUUGCCUUCUCAGGGUGCCAGGCUCCGGUGACUACAUUCACGCGCACGCUCUUUCUUUGGGCCAUUACUUUACCGGCUGGACAUCACCAAGUUACUCAUACUUCAGAUGACAGUGGCGCUUUUACCAACCUCUUAAAGAAGAACUCCUUUUCCUGUCCUCCACGGCAUGACAUCGCCAGCCAAGGACAAUUGCAUCAGACUUUCCAUCGCCUUGCGGAUUCUCACAACCUCUCUUGAUCACCUGCUAUAAUACUUUGGCAGGUCAAUCGACACCCCCUUCUUCAACAUCUCGACCAAUCACACAACACGAAUCCGACUUGCAACUAGUAUUUAUGUGGUACAAUAUGGCUUGCCAGUAAGGAAUCCUCGUCUCGGUCAGUUAUUUACGCCAGGGAACCAAAAAGAAAAGAAGAAAAAGAGAAAAAAAUUCAAAGGUCCUCGACGUAUUCGAAUCAACCCGACCGGAUCGGCCUUACUUUUAAUCCUUGACGAAAGUCUCAGACAAGAUGACGGCAGUAGAAUACCCCUCGCAGGAUUUCUACUCGGUCCGCCGAAAUUUGUCAUAUACUUCAUCAUUGUCCUCCGCAACGGCUUCGGUCUGCUCUGAUGCAUCAUCCUCUUUAUCGCAAUCUUCCGACGACACAACCGCCUCUUCCCUCUCGGUGGAUGUGCCUCCGAGGUGCGGCUUCGCUUUCGCCAAGCCACACGCGCAACCCGUCGUCUCGGAUGCUCGACGCUCACUUCGAACAAACCCGAGGCGGACCUCAAACACCGCGACGUCUCGGACUGGCUGCCCUCCCACUUUGGUCAGGCAGGCAGAGCGCAAGCUCAACUUCGUCGACAAUCUAGUCGAUUCCUCCACCCAGAUUGUCGAGGCGAUAUGGCCAACGUCCUCCGUGGUCUGCCGCGACGAGACCAACAGCUCGAGCGUGCUACCUCUGCGGACGUUCAUCCAGGAGACGUUGCGCCGCUCACGCACGAGCUACUCAACCCUCCAGGUCGCACUCUACUAUUUAGUCCUCAUCAAGGAUCAGCUCCCUGAGCGUGAUUUCACCAUGGAACAAACUGACGAUUGUCACUCGAGCCGCGCUUUGCAGUGCGGCCGCAGGAUGUUCCUUUCUGCUCUCAUCCUGGCAUCCAAGUACCUGCAGGAUCGAAACUACUCCGCUCGAGCAUGGAGCAAGAUCUCGGGUCUGAACACCAACGAGAUCAAUCAAAACGAAAUGGCUUUUGUUCUUGCGGUGAACUGGAAACUUCACAUCACCGAGGAGGUGUAUCAUCGCUGGACGGACUGUGUCAUGAAGUACAGUCCUUCUCAACCGCCCGCUCCUGGCUCCAGUCUGGCCCAUGCGCAGUUCGAGAACCAAUGCGACGUCUUCAAACGCAUCAUCCGUCGUCUGAACUCGGACCUGGAGAACCUGGAAGAUGUCCUGUCUACGGGUCGCUACUCGCCGGUGCCAUCCCUGUCUCCGCGAUCAUUAUCACCCCGAUCGAUUCUGGCUGCUGCCCAGAACGAAUCGGUUGCAUUUGAUUGCGGUCGGGAUGCUACGCCGGUGCCGCGCAUCUUCAAGACGCCUUCCGUCAUGGAGCCUUCGCCCUCGUCAGCACAGACGGUUGCCCGCUUGCCUCCCUUCGGACUGUUGCCAACGCCUCGCUUGACGCCCCAGGUCAGCGCCGUUCGGGACAUCUCACCGCCACAGUUCGUUGCCCCCGGCUCCGCCAUGAGUUUGGCUGUGUCGACGGCCGGUUCUGUGCACAAUGGUAUGAUGCUUGACAGGUGGCCCGGCUCCAUCUCCUCGUCGCCGCAAAAUUACUAUACAUCACGUCGUUCCUCGCUGGCAGCUUCAGUUUCGACGGUUUCCUCGCCUGAAUCGAUGGUCUCGGACACGUCCGGCACAUCUCGAUCAUCCUCCAUUUCAUCGCUGUCUUCGCUGGCGGGUGCGCCGUACCCCAGGUCGGAUUACACCAACCUCCAGGUACAGGCGCGCUACCGCUCUGCGAAGCUAGUGGAUGAGAGGUUUGCAUCGAGGCCUACCAUCCCUUCCUAUGGUGAAGAAUUCGGAGAGAGAAUUACUGCGUCUCCCAAGUCCUACUCGGGGGCAGUUGAGGUCGAUGACGCCACAAAUGAUGCCGCGCAGGCUCUGCAGGCUCUCCACGACAACUGGCAGCGUUCCUUCGCGACCCGAGGCUCCAUGACAUCGGCGCCCAAAGCCGGGUCUAAGCGAAGCCGUCCCUUGUCAGGAGACCUUGGCCUCCAGGAAAAUGUCCGCGAUCUGCUGCGUGGGGACUGCAGUUCCAAUCACGCCAGCUUUGCCGCGGGAGAGAAUCGCUUCCAGGUCCCUGCUCCUUCUUCGGAGGGCCGCAAGCGAGUCUGUUGCUCUACCGAGGCGGCG